GGCCCGCGCCGGACUAGGCCCAGCCCGUCUCAGCCUCGCCCCGCGGUACAGCCAGCCCGCUCGAGCCGGAGCCGGAGGUCUUGCGGGCCUAACCUCCCCCGAGCGGCCCGGGAUGGGGCCCCGAUCCGGGGCGCACCGCCUCCGGGUCUCGGGGACCGUCUCCGCUGCGAGAGUCUGAAGAGCCGCCGCCCUGGGGUGGGUGGACGGCCAGGCGUGGGGGCUGAGCCGCUGAGUGACCUUGGCAAGGCCGACCUGGCUCGGUGGACGACGCGCAGUGCCUAAACUUACUCACCUGGCCUCCUGUGAUCACCUUGUUACUGAACCAAAGUCGGAUCUGCUUGUCCAACACGUAGCAAAGCCAAUCUGCUGACACCAGGCUGUGGUGAAGAUGUUUUCAAGUCAGAAAACAUUUACUGAGAACCAACUAUGUACAAGAUGAACAUCUGCAACAAGCCCUCUAACAAGACAGCCCCUGAGAAGAAUGUGUGGACAGCACCUGCACAGGCCAGCGGACCCUCCCCGGAGCUGCAGGGCCAGCGGUCCCGCCGGAAUGGGUGGAGCUGGCCCCCUCACCCGCUCCAGAUUGUGGCCUGGCUGCUGUACCUCUUCUUUGCUGUGAUUGGCUUUGGGGUCCUUGUUCCCCUCCUGCCUCACCACUGGGUGCCUGCUGGCUAUGCUUGCAUGGGCGCCAUCUUUGCUGGUCACCUCGUGGUGCACCUGACUGCUGUUUCCAUCGACCCAGCAGAUGCCAAUGUGCGGGACAAGAGCUAUGCUGGGCCCCUGCCCAUCUUCAACCGCAGCCAACAUGCACACGUCAUUGAAGACCUGCACUGCAACUUGUGCGACGUGGAUGUCAUUCCCAGGUAUGGGCAGAGAGGGGAGCAACACUUGACUCCUUACCAUGUGCUAAGUGCUUAUGAACAACCACCCUGCAGAGUGGGCAACAUCUUUCUCACUUCACAGAGGAGGAAGAGUCCAAUGCUCAGAAAGGCUGAGUGGCCUGAGGCGCGGGUGGGUGACCCGCUCCAGGCGGGGAACCGGCAACCCCCCAGCCAGGCCGGGCAGCAAAAGGCGGGAGAAGCCCGCAACCGUGCUGUGCCCCCUCCCCACCGCAGGAGUGCUCGUUCCAAGCACUGCAGCGCCUGCAACAAAUGCGUGUGCGGCUUCGACCACCACUGCAAGUGGCUCAACAACUGCGUGGGCGAGAGGAACUACCGGCUCUUUCUACACAGUGUGGCAUCUGCCUUACUGGGCGUCCUGCUCCUCGUGCUGGUGGCCACUUAUGUCUUUGUGGAGUUCUUUGUCAACCCCAUGCAGCUGCGUACCAACCGCCACUUUGAAGUCUGCCUGUGCCUUGCAGUCUUGAAGAAUCACACAGAUGUGUGGUUCGUGUUCCUGCCUGCUGCCCCUGUGGAGACACAGGCUCCUGCCAUCCUGGCUCUGGCUGCCCUUCUCAUCCUUCUGGGCCUGCUCUCCACAGCCCUGCUCGGCCACCUGCUCUGCUUCCACAUUUAUCUCAUGUGGCACAAGCUCACCACCUAUGAAUACAUCGUGCAGCAUCGUCCGCCCCAGGAGGCAAAGGGGGCCCACAGGGAGCUUGAGUCAUGUCCCCCCAGGAUGCGGCCCGUUCAGGAGAUGGAGUUCUACAUGCGGACCUUCAGCCAUGUGCGCCCAGAGCCCCCUGGCCAGGCCAGGCCUGCCUCAGUGAAUGCUAACUCCUCCCGGUUCCUUGCCACCCGCGGCCACGUGGAGCCUCCACCGCCCUCCUCCCCAGAGACUCUCGCUCUGCCCCCCCGGAUCCGACCCCAGAAAAAAAGGAAGCGGCGCAUGUAUAAGGUACGGACCUCCAGAACCUUGGACCGGGAGGCCCCGUUGCCCAGGCUGCCGGGGCCGCGGACCCCCGGCCGCCGCUCUAGCUCGUCGUCGGAUUCCGCUGACGCCAGCCCUGCAGGCGCCUACCACUCGGCGUCAGCCGAGUCCAUGGACGAGAUUCCAGUGGCUCAGACGCGCCUAGGCAGCGCCGGGCUGGCGCUGCAGGCGCGUGCGCCGGCCGUUUUCGUAAGCCCGAGUAGCGGCGAUCCCGGUGCGCGGGGCGGCCCGGAAGCCGGUCCCGCUUAGCUGGGACAAGAAACAGGGAUGGCGGAGGAAAGGCGGGACAGACUCUCUAUGCAACACCCCCACCCCCGCCGUACUGAGUGCACUUUAGGGGCCGCUAAGGGCCGGCGGGAUCGGCCCCCUCCCCCACGACUCAGCAAUAACAGCCCCACCAGCCGUGAUGCUCCAAUAAACUUUUUUAUGCUUUUGCGGA